CAACCGCGGAGACAACAACGGCGGCGGCUAUAGCAGUAGGUUCGUCGAGAGAACACGACACGGACAAGCGCGACGCCCGGGGGACCUCACAUCGAUAUAUCAUUGUACCGGCGGCACGGUCAGUAGUCAUCGCGAGUUGACGACGAGUAGUGCUCGUCGAGUCCCCCGCGACUUAUAGACACAAACACAAUCGCCGACAGUAAUAAUAUACUAAUCGCAAAAUAUUUUAUAUCUCGCGCGUACACAUCAUAUGAUACUAUAAAGCGUCGAGUUCAAGUCGGGCCAGUCGAAGUACGCGCAAAUAUUAAAGUGUCCAGUGAAAGCAGUCCACACGGUGCGCACGACAGUCGUAUAACGUCGCUCGCGAAUUUUUUUUAAAUUCUCAACUCUUAACGUCCGAACGUUUUUUGGAUUUCCGCCCGUGGACGUGACACAGACGCCGGUCGUGCGCGCGCGCCAAACCACCGGGGUAUUUUAUUUUUUAAAGAAAAACUUUUUUUCGUUCACGUCGAUACCAUCUUUUUCGUUCGCCGAAUCGCGCCGGAGUCCGGUGUUUUGUUUUUUGCCGCGCCGACAACGAGGAGGACGACGGUUCCCGCAGAAGUUUCGGAUUUCGUUCCCGUUUCGCCGCGUCUACUGUCAAACGACCUGGCGACGACAGCGGUGCUCGUUUAUCCCGGAUGACCGGCGACUACAGAAGACGUCUGUAACGCGCCCGCAACCCCAACACCACCACCGCGGGUCCGGCCUCGAAUUGCCGCCAUGGUAAUACUAUCGACAUGGAGUUUCAUCAGCAUAACAGCGUUCGCAUCGCAGAUAUUCGCCAACACGUUACACGAGCAUAUGGACGUGGACGGCCUGAGGACACUGUUUCACGUGGAACAUCAUUCGGAAGUGCCCGUCUACGAGGUGAUAAGUCUGCAUUCGGUCGUCAAACGGAAUGCGGAUGGCGCACACAAAGUUCGACUGAAGGCGUUCGGAGAACACCACGACUUGCAACUAGAGCCUUCCGAUCGCCUUUUCACGGGCGACAAGUUGCGUGCCUGGACGGCACAUCACAACUCCACCACAGACACAGUACACUACACCGAACUGCCAAACGACGAACACAUCGGCGUGCCGUAUCAAGAUGUCGAUAAACGAGCAGCAGUCGUCUUACACAACGACCACGAGGACGGAACGAUUCUUAUGGAAGGUACCAUUGGCGAUCACUUGGUGGUGAAACCCGUGCCGGCCGUAUACAGGAGACACGUACAGUCUGCCACCCCGGACGACGAGAUGUUCUUGGACCAAGAGCUCCGAGACGGCGAAAACGAAGUGUCCGACCAAGGUUUCCCGCUGAAGUCGCAAAAGUUCGUGGCCCAUCACAAACACGUAGUGUACAGGAGAAAUCCCGAUACCGAUCGGACAGCGGGAGAUUACGCGCUAAUGGAACCAGACGCGUUGCCGAGGAGCAGGCGGAAAAGAUCGAUCACCAAGCGGGAAGCGCCGUACGCCAUUUAUCCCGAAAUAAUGGUCAUCGUCGACUACGACGGUUACAGGUUGCACGGGGGAGACAAUGUACAGAUCAAACGUUACUUUGUGUCCUUCUGGAACGGCGUGGACCUCAGGUACAGACUACUCAAGGGCCCAAAAAUACGUAUAAGCAUCGCGGGAAUCAUAAUAUCACGGGCGAGAGACGCCACGCCGUAUUUGGAAAGAAAUAGGGUCGGUAGAGACGCUAUUGACUCGGCGGCUGCACUCACGGACAUGGGUAAAUACCUGUUCAAAGAACGAAGACUGCCCGUGUACGAUAUCGCCGUAGCCGUCACCAAAUUAGACAUGUGCAGGCGACAAUACCCACACGAUACAUGCAACAGGGGUACCGCAGGAUUCGCGUACGUGGGCGGUGCUUGCGUAGUGAACAAACGUCUCGAGAAAGUCAACAGCGUCGCGAUCAUCGAGGACACCGGCGGCUUUUCGGGCAUCAUCGUAGCGGCGCACGAAGUCGGUCACCUGUUGGGUGCGGUGCACGACGGUUCGCCUCCGCCGACCUACCUGGGCGGACCGGGAGCGGAGAAAUGUCGCUGGGAAGACGGAUACAUAAUGAGCGAUCUGCGGCACACGGAAAAAGGAUUCCGGUGGUCGCCGUGCAGCGUGUCGUCUUUCCAUCACUUCUUAAACGGUGACACGGCCACGUGUCUGUUCAAUUCACCGCACGAAGACGAGUCACUGCCCAGGAUGUUACCGGGAAAACUAUUGACUCUGGACGCCCAGUGCAGAAAAGACCGAGGGACCAGUGCCUGUUUCAAAGACGAUCGGGUGUGCGCUCAGUUGUUCUGCUUUGACGCGGGUUCGGGCUACUGCGUGGCGUACAGGCCAGCGGCCGAAGGAUCGCCUUGCGGAGAUGGACAACAUUGCACCAACGGCAAGUGCAUAACGGAACACGAGAACAUAAUACCAGAUUUUUCGCAAAACACACCGGCUUACCUGCGCCGGUUGGGAGACGAAGGGGAAGCGACUCAAGACUGGCCGCAGUAUUUGACUCCUAACAUCACUACACAGAGGUCCGUGUGGAAUGACUAUUGGAGGACAACCCAAAAGACUAUUGCCACCACCACCAAUACUAAUAACAACCUGCAACCCCGAACGCAAAACUUGUACAUUCCAAACCCUUACCAACAACCUCCACAGAUUACCACGACUAGCGGAGACACUCAUGACGCGCGAUUACCGACAUACAAACAACUACUACUACAACAACAACAACAACAACAACAACAACCACAAAUUAAACAACUAUCACUAGGUAACGGCGACAAAAACGAAGACCCUUUGGCCGCGUUGCUUAAAAACAAAUACUACCAUUCGGGGCCGCAAGAGUUGAAAACCGUCGAUCGACCGCAGUCGUCGUCCAAGAGUAACGGCGGCGGACCGUACGCUGACGAGUGCGUGGACCGAGCCGGAGCCAUGGACAUGCUGGGAGCCGUGUCCUGUUACGACUACCUGUCUAGGUACGGCAUGGGACACUGUUCGAAUCCGUACAUCCGGGAAAACUGUUGCGCCGCCGUCAAGUACGUGUGCAACGGCGGUCCGUCGCGACAACUGCAACCGCUGCAGCAGCAGUUCGGCUGAGUCAUCGAGAGAGUGCAUACACGCAACACAACACUCGACGCUCGGACGCAGUCUGAAGUUUACCCGUUCCCGUCCCACCAGCCAGCCAGCCCGCCCGCACGUACCUAUCGUCAAGUUUUACGAUAUAUAUGUAUAUAUAUAUACACACUAUAUAUAUAUAUAGAGAGAAAAACAAAAAACAAAAAAAAAAACCAUAUACAAUCUCUGUGAGAUCAAUCUAUUAUUAAUAUUAUUAUUAUUAUUAUUAUUUAUGCAUCGUUAUACAUAUAUUAUAUUAUCUUAUACUAUAUUCUUUUUGGAGAAAAUUAUUUGUUUAAAAAAUAAAUAAAUAAAUAAGCCACUCAUAACUUCAAUGUUGUGUCGUGAACCUACGCGCGGACCUAGGCACUAGGCACACGCAUACGCGUACCUAUAUCAUAACCGCGGUUGAAUACAUCACACACACACACACACACACACACACAAACACACUGGAAUACGAUAUUAUUAUUUAUUGCUACUAUAUAUUAUGUAUAUUGUUUUUUCUGUUUUAUUUUUAUCAUUAUUUAUUAGUUGUGGUGUGACUCGACGACAAACAGAAAUCUUUAUGGAAACCACACACACACACACACGUUGUCCGCAUAAUAUACUCAUUCUCGAUUCGGAGAUAUUUUUUUGUGAUAAGCCGCCCUAUAUGAUAUUAUAUAACAACAUUAUGUAUUACGUUCUCGUGUUUUGAAAUCUUUUUUUAUCCGAUUCAAAUAAUAUUGUUCCUCGACAACUCUAGGAUAAAACUGGACUGAAAAAGAUUUCGAAACCACGACAUUUAUGUGAUUCAAAAUUUAUUUUUGUUUAUUUUUUAUUUUUAUUUGUAAUUAUUGAUUGGGCAAACUCAACUUUUUUGCCCAUGAUAUUUUAUUUUUAACUGAUUAAGAUGUUGUUUAGUCUAAGUAUUUUAAGUGACAGAAAUGUACAUAUACAAAAAAUAUAUGAUGAAUAAGUUAAACAAGUA